AUGGCGCACGCGACGCUCGUCCGCUCCGGGCGGCUGCCUCUGACACCCCGACCUCUCGGCCUUUGGCGCCCUCUUCCCCGUCGCUCAGUCCACGCAGGCGAAUUCCAACCCUUCCUCCCUCCAUCACCAAGCUCACUUGGGAAACCCGCCCCCGCAAAGACCUACACCCGGACACGGAAAUGGCUGCGGCGACUUUUCUACGCCUCCCUCGCCACUGGGAUCGUCUACGGGGUUGACUCGCAAUUCUACGCUUCGUCGCUGACAAGAACGGUCCGGACGUUCUCGGUGGGGUUGCUUGUUGCACUGGACUACAAGAUCAACUUCCGGCCUCACCCCCCGCUGGCGAGUUCCAUUGCGGCCGUCCAUGCUCGCAACGCCGAGCGGUUGUCGGAUUUGCUGCGUCACAAUGGGGGGUUGUACUUGAAGAUGGGGCAGGCGAUUGCCAUGCAGUCUGCAAUUUUGCCUCCGGAGUUCCAGGCCAUGUUCUCGCGCAUGUUUGAUGAUGCGCCGCAGAACGAAUGGAAGGAGGUUGAGAAGGUGAUUCGGGAGGACUUUGGCAAGUCUCCCGAAGAGGUAUUCGGAGUCUCCUUUGACGGAGAGCCCGGAAAGGGCGUGAUGGAACGCAGGGCACGAGCGAGUGCCAGUGUUGCGCAGGUACACUGGGCUCGUUUGCAGGAUGGCCGCGAGGUCGCAAUCAAGAUUCAGAAACAUGAAAUCGAACAGCAGCUCGUCUGGGAUCUGUGGGCAUUCAAAGUGGUUACCUUCAUCUACAGCAAGCUGUUUGACAUUCCUUUCUACAGCCUGGUGCCUUAUAUCAGCGAGCGGCUCUCACUGGAGACGGAUUUUGAGAAUGAGGCAACCAACUCGGAGACCAUGGCCCGGCUGAUUGCCGCAGAGCCUCGUCUACGUGAUCGCGUUUAUAUCCCCAAAGUAUACCGGAAGCUGAGCUCUAGGAGAGUCAUGACUGCCGAAUGGAUUGAAGGCGUGCGGCUCUGGGAUAAAGAGUCCAUCACUCGUCCGUGGCGUGGUGGCUGGCGGGAGGGAAGUCCUGGAUGCCACGGGACCCCGCUGGAUUCUGCGAAGAGCACACCCGCACCACAAAAUGCCCGACGUGGCCAGGCAGCCAAGCUCAAGCCCGAGCGAAAUCACUGGAAGGGCCCGAACAACCGUGGUGGACUAGGCCUCUCUCUGAAAGAUGUGAUGACCACCAUGGUUGACCUCUUCUCCGCACAGAUGUUCCUCUUCGGCUGGGUCCACUGCGAUCCCCAUCCAGGCAACAUCUUCAUUCGCCGCAAGCCGUCCGGCCAGCCUGAGCUGGUUCUUAUCGACCAUGGCCUGUACAUUCACAUGGAGCCCACCUUCCGACACCAAUAUGCCCGGUUCUGGAAAGCCCUGCUCACCUUUGACAACCGCACACUCAGCGAGAUUGCCAAGGGCUGGGGGGUCAACAACGCUGAUAUCUUCGCAUCGGCAACGCUAUUACGCCCCUACCGCGGUGGCGACAUGUCCACGCAGCGCGGCAUCGAAGGACUCAGCAAACGCGAGCGUGCCGAGCGCCAUUACGAGAUGCAACAAGCCGCCCGCAAAGCAAUCCGCGAGAUCCUCGGCGACGAGAACAAAUGGCCCCGGGAAUUGAUCUUCAUCGGCCGUAACCUGCGCAUUGUCCAGGGCAACAAUCAGUUCCUGGGCUCACCGGUGAACCGUGUAAAGAUCACGGGAAUAUGGGCAUCUCGCGCACUCGUCGAUGCACCCGAUCUGCCCUUAUCCGAGAAGAUCCGCAACCUCGGACGACAUGUGGUAUUCCGCCUCGUCCUGUUUUCUAGUGACGUGUUCUUCUGGUUCACCAAGAUCCGGCAAUUCCUGAGGCUGGGCGGUGGCAUGGAGGAUGAUAUCGAGGCGCAGUUGCAGAAUAUGGCCAAGGAUAUGGGUGUGGAGUUGAAUCACAAUGUGUUUGAGGGAUAA